CUUGGGGGUUUGGAAGCAUUGAGGGUUUGGGGAAGGUUUAAAGAAGGUUUUUAUAAGAUUUGAAGAAAUUAAAAAAAUUAUAAUAGUAGGUACUUUAGGAACUUUAGAAAUUUUAUAAAAAUCGCUAAAUAAAAUAAAAUGCUUAUUGGUCAAUGAAUUUUAAUAAACUAAGAUAUGAAAUUAGUAGCAAUCAUUACCUACAAACCUGCUUUUGAAGGCUAUGUUGCAAGUUCUGUUUGCUAAAUUUUCUAUGCUUUUUAUUAGAUAUUUGUCCUCCGAUAGGGAAGUGGGCUACACUACCUUGAGCCACAUCCCAGGGAUUCAAACAAAUAGAGUUUCACAAUGAUUUUUCCAAAUCAUCUGAUAUGAAAUAGGAAUAAAAACUGUCCCUACUCCAAUGAAGAAGCCGUUAAUGAUAUAUAUACUUAAUCCUACGAUAUUUUAAUAUUACUAGUCCUCUCCCAGAUCAUAAAGACAGAGCCUUUUACCCAACCAAGACCUAUAUCUAAACCCUAUAAAAUUAUACUACCCAUAUUUUAUAUCAUAAAUUUUUGGCUCAACAAAAAACAUCUAAAAUCUUCCUCAAAGCACAUUAUUCCUCUAUAUCCUCUAUAAACACCCCCUUCCCCCAACGACACUGCUCUCCAAUUAACCACCCCAAAUCCCCCAGGAUCAAGUCCCUUAACCCCCAGCCCCUAAAUCCUAAUCCCUCACCUACAGCCCCACCAGCAGUCUCUUCCUUGUCACCCACCCUUCAUA